AUGGCUUCCAAAGAAGUGACCAUCACAGUUCGCCUCAUUCGUUCCUUUGAGCAUCGGAACUUCAAACCUGUGGUAUAUCAAGGAGUUAAUUUAGACCAGACUGUGAAGGAAUUUAUAGUAUUUCUGAAGCAAGAUAUUCCUUUAAGGACCAGCCUGCCACCACCAUUCAGAAAUUAUAAAUAUGAUAAAUUGAAGAUUAUUCAUCAAGCACAUAAAUCAAAGACAAACGAACUUGUGCUGAGUUUGGAAGAUGACGACACACUCAUGUUGAAAGAAGACCACACUCUGAAAGCAGCUGGAAUCGCCAAUGAAACUGAAAUUGCAUUCUUCUGUGAAGAAGAUUAUAAGAACUACAAAGCUAAUCCCAUUUCAUCCUGGUGA